UAUUUUUAUUAUUUAUUAUUUCAAUUAUAUUAAAAGUUGCGUUCCAAGUGAAUUUAAAUCAGUUGUGAAAUAGUUAAAGCCAUUAGCUAAUCGUUUUGAAAAUUUUGAAUUUAUUUUUCACAGAAUCAUAAUGUACACCUCAAUUGCAUUUUUAACUCGUAGAGAAACGUUCAGUGCUUGUCAUCGUUUAAAUAGUCAAUACUUGACUGCUGAAGAAAAUCGAGAAACUUAUGGAAAAUGUAAUAAUAAGAAUGGUCAUGGUCACAAUUAUAUCGUUAAAGUAACUGUUCGCGGUCCUAUUGAUCCUCGCACUGGAAUGGUUAUGAAUAUCAAUGAUCUCAAAGGAGCUAUGAAUGCUGUCAUUACAAAAACUUUAGAUCACAAGAAUCUGGACAUCGAUGUUGACUACUUUGAAAAAAUCCCCAGUUCAAUGGAAAAUAUUUCAGUCUAUAUUUGGGAUAAACUUAGUAUAAAUCUAAAGAAUCCAGAACUUUUGUAUGAAAUUGAAAUCCAUGAAACUGAGAAGAACUCGGUUGUCUAUCGUGGACCAUAUUUACAAAAUGGUGCGUACACUAACGGAAAUGGACACAGAUGUAGAAUAAUUUCCAGAAAUGGCAAUUUAACCUCUGAGUCGGAGUAAAUUAUUUUAUUAAUUUUUCUUCAAGUGGAAGAAGUUAUUUUUUGAAGUUUGUAACAUUAGCAUUAACAUCAUCUUAUUAUCUCUAUGAACAAUAAGAUGAAAAUAUAUUAUAACAUACCUGAAUGUAGAUUAAUAUUACCAAAUUAUUAUAAAUUAUGCUGACCUGAAAAGUUAAAUAGAUGUGUUUCAAUUAUUUUUAAGUAAUUUCUUAAAGUUUUAAU